CCCUGUGCCCCCGGCGCUGUGGGAGGACGCGGGGCGAUGGCGGCGGCCGCGGCCAUGGCCGCGCUGGGCCGGAGCCUCACGGCCGCGCUCCGCCUGCCCCGGGCUCGGCCGGGACUCCCCGGGAUGGCACUGAAUCUGUACCACAAGAACCCACAAAAAAUUGAGAUUCUCCAUCAGGUGAAGUUCCUGCACACAACCGUGUCUCGGAGAGGUCUGGAGGAGUUUUUUGAUGAUCCAGGAAACUGGGGGGAAAAAAGUGUAAAGUCUGGGGAUUCAUGGAAUAUAAAGCAGCUAAGGGGCAAGAGUAGUGAAGACUUGCACAAACUUUGGUAUGUCCUGCUGAAAGAAAAGAACAUGCUCUUAACUUUAGAGCAAGAAUCCAAACGACAGCGCAAGCCUAUGCCAAGCCCAGAGCGCUUAGAAAAGGUAGAAACAUCUAUGAAAAAUAUAGAUUUGGUUGUCAGAGAAAGAGAAAUUGCUUUGAGGCUUUUACAGACGGGCCAUGAAAAGCCAGUCCCUGGCGAGUGGAGACACGACUUCCUGGGACGCACCUUUUGGUACAGUUACAAGGAAUGGCCAAUACCGUGGCACUUGAACAAAAAACACAAAAAGAAGAGAUUCUAUUACUUACCCCAUGUGAAUCACUUCAUCAGACUCAGACUUGAAAAAACCUUACGGAAAAGGGCAAGGCAGCAAAGCCUGGAGAGGACGAGGCGGAAGGUCUUGGAAAGGAAGUUCCCUGACGUUGCUGUGAAAUCCCAGAGCCAGUAGCAGGCUGGAAGAGCACUGCAAGCAACUGGUCAAGUGUCUGUGGAACAUGAAUCAUGUUCUGGAACCACAAACAACUCCACUGAGCAUUCCAGAGAGUCUCCAUCUUUUUCUGUUUUUAAUACCACAUUUGACUUUAAUUAAACUUGUGAUCUGGAAUUAAAAAGCAGCUUUGGUGCCUAAC